AGUCAUUGCAGCGAGGUCGAGAACAGGUAUAUUUGGGUUGACGGGCUGGCUUUUGUGCAUGGCGGCUCUCUCCUGGUUCCUGCUGGUCCUGCAGCUGGAAAGGAGGUACCCUCACCGCUCCCUGGUCCCACUGAACAUCGAGAGAGGCUUCAGGUCAAGACGGCAGGAGGCGGGGAAGCAGCAGGAGGUGGUGAAGGGCGUGACGCAGCUGGGGAUGGUGACGAUGGACGGCCUGAAGGACAAGGUGCUGGCAAAGACCGGCGGGAAGACCUUGUCGUCGGCUGACACGAAGGAGAAGCUGAGCGCUCAAGAUGUUGUGAGAGAAGAGGGAAGGGACCUCGGGAGACUCCGCACUGAGGACAACACCGCCUCCAGCGGCAGUGAGGGGGGACUCGCUCAGUACCCCAAAGACUAUCUUCAUUACGAAGAAGCGUUCUCGAACACGUCGCGGGUGCGGUGGCCACUGAUGGUGUUCUCCACGAUGGGUCAACUGGGCAACUGCCUCAACAGCUACGCCACGGCCCUCACCUUCCACGGCAGCCACUCCGCCACGGUCGCCGUCACCCAGCACAUCUUCGGUAGAGUCUCGUCGCUCGUGGCUCCUGGACACCUGACGCUUCCUGUAGUGAGUAACGAGCUGUUAAUGGACGCUAUGGACAUGGACGAGGCUGAGCGGGUCGACCCCGACUACCUGAAGAACGACAUGGUGAGCCACCUCGAGCCCACCUUCCAGCGGGCCGUCGCCGAGUACCGGGACAACGCCUUCAAGAAGGUCUUCAUCCUCGAGGGAUACCCGAACCGGAUGCGGAUGCUUGCCGACCACCACCACGUCAUCCGAAGCAACCUACGUAUCCGGCCCGAGCUUCAGGCAAAAGUUUCGUCGUUCCUGGACCGAGUGCGGGCGUUGCGAGGCGACAACAUCACAUUCGUGGGCGUUCAUGUUCGUCGGGGCGACUACGUGCGGUACAUGGAGCGCUUCUUCCGGUGCAAAUUACCACAAGUCGAGUUCAUCGUCGCUGCCAUGGAUCGUUACCGGGCCACAGUGAGCAAUCCGGUGUUCGUGGUGUGUUCGGAUGACCUCCCGUUCGUUCGACUUCAUCUUCAGAACGCCCCUGACACCGUCAUUUCAGACAUGGCGCUCCCUGAAGAAGACAUGGCCCUACUGGCCGCCUGUUCCCACUCCAUCAUGACCGUCGGCUCCUUCGGGUUCUGGGGCUCCUACCUGGCCGGCGGACGCGUCAUCUAUCCCCUCCUAAACAACUGCUUUCACACGCCCUUCGUCCACCCGGACACCCUUGGGCCGCGGGGCUUCGAGAACUGGCUCGCCAUCCCUUUCUAA